CUUUCUUCCCUCUCCUCUCCUUCCUGCCAAUAGAAAAAAAACAAAAAUUCCCACUUCCUUCCUCACUUCCGCUUCUCUUUCUUCUUCCCAAACGUUGGAGAGAGGCUAACCCUAGAGACUGUACAUCUCCAUUUUCUAUCGAAUUUUCAGUAUUCCGAGGCUGCAAUGUAGUAAAGUCUUCCUUUAAUUACGUACCAAAAAGAAAGGAAAAAGGGUUCUUUUUAUUACCUUUCAAUCUCUCAGCAUACUGAUUUGGUGAUUGAAGAAUUUGUGGUGCAACAGCUCACAAGUCCUAGAAAGAUCUGUUAUUUGCCCUUUAAUAAACUAUUGAGAAAUAUGGAAACUUGAUAGACUUUGCUACCAAGUGAAAUUGGAAGAAACAGGAAGAGCAUGGCUACAUUGAAAGAUGGAGAGGGUGAUGACAAUAAUAUUUGGGGAUGGUUGGUUCACAAGGGUAUUGCAGCUUCAUUUCUUUGUAUCAGCCUGUUUGCACUUUUGGUGAGAGUGGCUGUAUCCAUUCAUCCUUACUCUGGUGCUGGUAAUCCACCCAUGUAUGGGGACUUUGAAGCACAGAGGCAUUGGAUGGAGAUCACUGUCAAUCUUCCGGCCAAGGAAUGGUAUCACAAUAGCACCGUCAAUGAUCUCAGCUACUGGGGACUUGACUACCCUCCCCUUACUGCCUACCAGAGUUAUGUUCAUGGUCUUCUCCUAAGAUUCUUCCAUCCAGACUCCGUUUUGCUUUAUACUUCCCGGGGCCAUGAAUCAUAUCUUGGAAAGUUGCUCAUGAGGUGGACAGCGUUGUCCUCUGAUGCCCUUAUAUUCUUUCCUGCAGUUCUCUAUUAUGUUAUUGUGUGCUACUCUGGUCGCCCCAAUGGACGUAAAAUCAAUUUGGCAUGGCAUAUCACUAUGAUUUUACUGAGCCCGUGCUUGAUCCUAAUUGAUCAUGGUCAUUUUCAGUACAAUUGUAUUAGCUUAGGCCUUACUGUUGGAGCUGUUGCUGCCAUCCUCUCUAAUAGAGACCUUGUAGCUUGUGUCCUGUUCAGUCUUGCACUCAAUCAUAAACAGAUGACUGCAUAUUUUGCACCUGCAUUUUUCAGUUAUCUCUUGGGGAAGUGCCUAAGGGGACGGUAUCCACUUCUUGAGGUGUUAAAAUUGGGCAUGGUGGUCGUAGGAACAUUUGCUUUCGUAUGGUGGCCAUAUCUUCAUUCAAUGGAUGCAUUUUUGGAGGUUCUCUCUCGUCUAGCUCCCUUUGAGAGAGGGAUAUAUGAAGAUUAUGUGGCUAACUUUUGGUGCACUACUUCAGUCCUUAUAAAGUGGAAAAGAUUGUACACAGUACAAUCAAUGAAGCUUCUCAGUCUUGGUGCAACAGUUAUUUCUUGUCUUCCUUCAAUGAUUCAGCAAAUACGAGCUCCAAGUAACCAAGGUUUCCUAUACGGGCUGCUAAAUAGUUCUUUCUCAUUUUACUUGUUCUCCUUUCAAGUACAUGAGAAGUCUAUUCUGCUGCCGCUUCUGCCUGCAAGCUUGUUGGCCCUGAAAGAGCCUUUUCUUUUCAGCUGGAUCACACAUUAUGCGUUGCUUUCCAUGUUCCCUUUGCUGUGUCGUGACAAAUUGGUUCUGCCUUAUAUAGCUCUAUUUGCUCUAUUUUUCCUCCUCUAUUAUGCACCUGGUGGAAGACAAGAUACAAGAAGCAUGACAGAUUCUCAUGCCACUUUAAAGUCAUUUGUGAUGGCCUUUCUUGUUUUGUGCUCUUUUAUUCUUCAUAUUGUUUACUUGACAAUGCGCCCACCUGAGAAGUAUCCUUUCCUCUUCGAAGCCUUGAUUAUGCUUCUUUGCUUCUCUCAGUUCAUGUUGCUUGCUAUUUACACCAACACAAAGCAAUGGAUGCUGUCGAAGCAGUCUAUUUUGUUGAAAGAAAAAAAGCACCUUUAAUUCUCCCCCUCCCUGAAGAUUAGGUCCUUUUUUUUAAUUUUUUUAUUAUUCUUUUAAAUUUAAAUGGAGACGGAAUCAAAGCGGUGAACUCACAUUUUUGUAUCUGCUGAAAUAUGUCAAUUAGAGUAAGAAUUCUACUCACAUAUUUGUAACUGUUGAAAUAUGUCUAUUAGAGGAAGAGUCCUAUUCAGGUUGGCUGUUUUGAUCCUCUUUUUACCCAGGAAUCUUA